GAAGAUCGCCGCGCUCACAGAGGAGAUGGCGGAGGUUGAAGCUUUGCUCAACCGCUCUCUCACCAAGCGGACGGUGAAACUUGAGUGUGAUUGUUGCCUCUUGACGCCUGCAGCUCAGGGGGAGGCAAGUGCGAUUGAAUCACACCGAGAAGGUUUGAAAGAGAGCCUGUCGGCCAUCGAAUCGCAGCAUCAGAUGUCAACAGCUGAGAUAGCUCUUGAUCUUGCGGCCAAGGCAGAAAGAGAGAUCUCUGCGAACUCUGAAGUGAACCACACUGUUUGGUUGCAGCCCAAAGAAUCUCCGAACUCCAACGGACUGAAACAAGCAGGAAGUGGACGAAAGGUGAUUCGUGCAAGCGGACGAGAAGGGCUCUACGACAACGACAAGUAUUCCGCGAGAACAAGGGGAGGAGACAUCUGGAGUUCCUUCUCGAUUUACUUUGGAAGGGGAGGGGCAGAUGCUCUCCCUUUGCCUGUCGGCGCGAGGACGAAGAACAUGAGUCCCUCUAGCAUGGGCAACGUUAUCCUCAUGUUGAGUUUGAUUGUCGCUGCCGUCAUUGUAUACCUUGCAGUCAACCAUUGGAUUCCCGUCCAGUUCGGCGCUUCUUUGCACGCGAAGUGAUCGGAUAGGCGAGCGGGACGGACCGUGCAGUCACGGUGCAACCCGGCAGCAGUCAGCCUUGCCGCACCCGGAGCCGUGACCGGCGUCGGCCGCAGGGCCCCGAGCUUCCUCUCCGAGUUCCGGCC